AUGCAGAUGCUGCUGAGCAGCCCCCUCGCCCUGCAGCAGCAACAGCAGCAGCAGCAGCAGCAACUGCAGCAGCAGCAGCAGCAUCAGCAGCAACUGCAGCAACAAAGCCCACAGCAGCAGCAGCGACCGCCCCAGCAACAGCAACAGCAGCAGCAAUCACAGCAGCAGCAACGGCACCAGCAUCAGCAGCAGCAGCAGCACCAGCAGCAGCAGCACCAGCAGCACCAGCACCAGCAGCAGCAGCGCCAGCAGCAGCAGCACCAGCAGCACCAGCAGCAGCAGCCGCAGCAGCAGCAGCAGCAGCAAGGGUACAGCAACAGCAGCUAUGGGACCCCGCAGUCUCUUCUAGAGGAAUUGCGGCUGCGGCAGCUGCAGAUGCGGCAGCAUUUGAUACCCAAGCCCCGUCUGCAGCAGCAGCAGCAGCAGCAGCAGCAGCAGCUGCUGCAGCAGCAGCACUUGCAGCAGCUGCUGCAGAAGCAGCAGCAGCACCUGCAGCAGCAGCUGCAGCAACAGCGCCUGCAGCAGCAGCAGCAACUGCAGCAGCAACUGCAGCAGCUGCUGCUGCAGCAGCGCCUGCAGCAGCAGCAGCAGCAGCAGCAACUGCAGCAACACGUGCAGCUGCAGCUGCAGCAGAAACAGUUGGCGCCGAAGCCACAGCUGCAGCAUCAGGCAUUGUCUCAGCCAGCAGCAGCAGCAGCAGCAGCAGCAGCAACAGCAGCAGCAGCAUUCUCGCAUCCAACUGCUGUUUUUGCUAGCAGCAGCAGCAGCAGCAAGCAGCAGCAAAGCCGCAGCUGCAGCAGCUCAGUGCCUCCUACAAAGAGAAACAGGAGUACUGCUGCUGCUGUUCCUGCUGCUGCUGCUGCUGCUGCUGCUGCUGCUCCCGUAGUAAUCACUCUCAGCGACUCGGACGCAGCAGAAGACCAGUCGCCUUCAGCAGAGCAGCAGCAGCAGCAGCAGCUACAGAAGCAUCAGCAGCAGCAGCAACAAAAACAGCAGCAGCAGCAGCAACAGCAGCGGCGUGCUGAUUCGAGUUCGGCGGAUGCUGCUGCAUCAACACGAAGUGAAGCAGCAGCAGCAGCAACAGCAGCAGCAGCAGCAACAGCAGCAGCAGCAGCAGCAGCAGCACCAUCAGCAGCAGCAGGAACAACAACGGCUGUGACGAAGAAGCAGCUAAUGGAGCAGCAACUGCUGCAGCAGCUGCAGCAGCAGCAGCAGCAGAUGCUGCUGUCUAGCGAACCGGGAGACACACGAAGGCGUGUGCUGCUGGACCUGCAGCAGGAGCAGCAGCAGCAGCAGCGUAGAAAGCGACGAAAGAAAACGCUUCCUGCUGCUUGCCAAAGCAGCAGCAGCAGCAGCAGCAACAUGUCUAGCGAACCGGGAGACACACGAAGGCGUGUGCUGCUGGACCUGCAGCAGGAGCAGCAGCAGCAGCGUAGAAAGCGACGAAAGAAAACGUUUCCUGCUGCUUGCCAAAGCAGCAGCAGCAGCAGCAACAGCAGCAGCAGCAGCAACAGCAGCAACAGCAGCAGCAGCAGCAGCAGCAGCAGCAGCAGCAUUUCUGACUGGUUUGCUGCAGAGACAUUCGACAGCGAGCAACGCAGAGGAGGGAAGACAGUGAAGGGGCUUAUACUCAGCUACAAGAAGGGGGGCGUGCUCUAG